AUGGCAGACUCCAAAAAUUCCGGCUCGAUGAACAAAGAAGAGAACCGACUUAAUGGGGAGAUCACCGGCAUAUGUGAGCAAUAUACUGCAGAGGAAGAAAAGGCAGUCUUACGUAAAAUCGAUACGGUCAUUCUACCAUUUAUGUGUUUUGUCUUCUUCUUGCAGUAUCUCGACAAACAAAGCCUGAGCUAUGCAGGCGUAUUCGGCCUCAUCCAGGACCUAAAUAUGACCAACCAGCAAUAUUCGUGGUCAAGCUCCAUCUUUUACGUUGGUCAGCUUGUCUCAGAAUAUCCGUUCAUUUAUUUGAUGAGUCGGCUGCCACUCACCAAGUUUGUUGGUGCCACGGUUAUUAUCUGGGGAAUUGUAUGCAUGUGCCUAGCGGCCCCCAAAAACUUCGCCGGCUUUGCUACCGUUCGCUUUCUACUAGGCUUCAGCGAAGGAGCUGUCUCUCCCGCUUUCGUCACCAUCACCAGUAUUUGGUACCGCAAAAAGGAGCAUACUGUCCGAACAGCUCUGUGGAUCACAAUGAACGGAUUAGCUCAAGUCAUUGGGUGCUUGCUGAUGUACGGAAUUGGCAAAAAUACAUCUCUAUCUAUCGCCCCCUGGCGCGUCCUAUUUCUCAUCUGUGGUGCAUUGACCGUCGCCGCUGGUAUUGGCUUCUUCAUACUCAUGCCUAACGGACCGAAAGAUGCGUGGUUCUUGAAUACACGCGAAAAGGAGAUUUUAUCCCUCCGUAUGGCUGAAGACCGUGAUGGUGGUGAUAAAACAUCUUUCUCUGUUUUACAACUAAAAGAAACACUCAUGGAUCCCAAGGCGUGGAUGGUUUUCUGGUUCGGCGUACUUGUGACUAUGCAAUCACCAGUAUUGACCUUUGCAUCACUCAUGAUUCAGUCAAUCGGCUAUAGCAAGCUGGACACUAUGCUGUACACUGCACCCUCGGGCGCUGUUCAGGUUGCCUUAUUAUGGAUCGGAACUCUUUUCGUCUUCUUUUUCCCGCGUCAGCGUACUCUUGUGAUCCUGGUGCUCAUACUCCCACCGUUUAUUGGCACUUUGUUUCUGUAUAAACUUGAUACGAGCGCAGGAUGGGGCCUUAUUGUGGCCUCCUGGCUGGCUUCUUGUGUCACUGCAACAAUGUCAAUCCUCCUUUCCAUCUGUGCUUCCAAUGUCAAAGGCAAUACUAAACGAGCCAUUGUCAAUACCAUGUUCUUCAUCGGGUACUGCGCUGGUUGCAUUGGAUCACCUCAACUGUGGACGCACAAACCACGGUAUACUGAAGGUGUCAUCACUUCAAUUGUGACAUGGUGUCUGCUAUUUGUUGCUGUCAUUAUCUACCGUCUCUUGUGUAUGGCGGAUAACAAGCAGCGUGAUACAUGUGAUGGCACUAGCACUAUCGAUAUGACCCAAGACUUUGAUUUGGAUGAAAAUGGGUUGCCGAAGACUGAUCUAACAGAUAAGCAGGAUACGGCGUUCAGAUAUUCUAUUUGA